GCCGGCCCCGCCCCACCCCGCGCGCGGCCUUAGCGGCGGCGGCUGGACGCGGCCCCUCAGAGCGGCGCGAUGGCGGCGGCGGGCACGGGGGCGGGAGCGGAGCGGCUCCGCGAUGGCAGCUGCCACUUCCAGCGCUCCCGGCUCAUCUGGAUGAUCGCCAUCACCUUCGGCAUGAUCAUCCUCGGCUGGGUAACGCUUUGGCCUUCAACUAUACCUUAUAGUUAUUUGGGAAUAUUUGGUAGCUUCCUCAAGUAUUUAGUGGAAAACCACCACAAAUGGGUAUGCUAUGGGUUCUGGGUGUCCUGGUUGAUUCACGUAGUAGAAGCCUUCUACGGUGUUAAGUUAUGCCAAUCUAAAGGAAUCACUGACCCGGCGGUUCAGUUCCACUGGUUCAUCCAGACACUUUUAUUUGGGUACGCUUCCUUUGGUCUUCUGGUGUCUUACAAACCUUCAGCCAAGAAGCAGUACUAGAAGACAAUCCAAGAAGUCACUUCUCACAUUCUUCAGCCUCAUUUUUUGGAAAAUAUCCUCACUUAAACAUCUAGGUGCUGUAAUUAGCUGAAUUACAUUCCUGCUAUGUGAUGCAGUGCCCUUCUACCCAAGUAACUCUCCUCUUCCUAAAGACGACAAUUAGAAUUCACUGGGCUCCGUGGGUAGUUCAGUAGAAAUUCAGCCCUUCGGUCUUGGCACUGCCAAAGUUUAAUGCCAUUUAUUAUACAAGACAAGGAAAGUUGCUCCUCUGUAGUUUUCCACCUAGAUUGUAUACUCUGAUCGUCAUUGACAAGUCCCUGACACCUGUUAGCAGUGGUUGAUAAAUCACCUUUUCCUGUGGAAGAAUUUUCUUCUAGAACAGGGAGAGUUAUUUACAGCCACAAGGCAACUUGCACCUGUUUUAUGAUAAGAUGUAUAUUUAACUAUAUUUUCUUUACUACUAGGAUGUUUUACUGGCUGUGUUAUUGUUGUUAGAGCCUGGUCUCUGUACUUGUUUCAUCAACUUCUUGUCUUCCACAAAGGACAGACCACUCUAUGGAUGCAGGCACAUUAAAAAGGCCAGGCCUCAGCUCGGGUUGAGGUGCAGCGAUGAGCUUGGAUACAUUCAGCACUUCAACUUGGUUUAACAGAUGUGCCUUAAAUUUCAUGCAGCAUGACCUCAUCUUUUGAGUGAAGACUUUAAUCUUUGAGUUAGAGUAGUGUAAACUAGUAAUCCUGUAGCUUUGAGGGCAGCUUUUUUGAAAAGUAAUUUAUUACACAAGAAAUGAAGACACCAAUUAGCAUUCCAAAACCUAGCUGAAAAUUUUGUAUUUGCGAAUGAAAGUAGAUGUAGUGAGUCAGCCUACGCCACUGUUUCUCAGAUGCUGAUAUCCUGCCAUCUAUGGUUGAGAGACCAUCUCGAGCACCCCUCAGAGAACUUCCUGUAUGUGUAAUGAGCCUUUUAUUGUAUGUCUUUUACUUUUGACUAGUUGAACAAGAAUUUAGCCUGACUUGUUUUAGCACUUUUCAAAGUAAUAACUAUUUAAAACAGUAACUAUGGUGUGGGGAGAAGUUUUACCAUGCCACCUGUGGUGCUACUGUUCUGGAAGAAAGGACAAGAAAAAGUUGUUCUUCCUGUAACGAAGAGCUGCACAAGGCAGUAACAAAAAUACUUAUGCCUUGUGCAGGACCCACAGACUGUGAUGCUUCUGAUGGAGAAGUCUUAUUCGAGCACGGGUACAUAAAGGUGUUUUCUUUUCAGUGGGUACUAAAAGCACAGAGAACUGAAGCAUUUGAAAUGGUGGGUGUGGGGUUUCUUUUUUUUAAUGGCCAAGUGCUGACACUAACAUUCUUUAGAGAACUGGAAACUCAUGUUUAGUGGCUAGAAAUCCAACACGAGCACCUAGAGCCUGAGCUAUGUUUUACCUUGUAACCUUUUAUCUUAGUCUGUGACCCUGGAAUAAAGAUUUAAAAAAACAAAAAAGAA